AUGGAGACAGCAGCGCAGGCGGAACGGAUACGAGGCCAGAUGUCUACUACAGAGCACACGACAGAUCCCUGGGCGGGCAGCGUGGACUAUGGGUCUGCAUCUCGGCGGAAUAGCAACAUGGACCCCGAACUGGCGUCGAUCGUGUCUUCGUUAUCGGCGUUGUCGACAGGCCCGGGCGCGGGGGCGCCACAACAGCUUGGUGGGUUCCGGCGGGCGUCGAUGAACUCCAAUAGCAGCGAUGUGGAGUCUGAGCUCUUGUUUGCGGGCAUGUCGCCUACUGUUCGGCGCACGACGCUCUCUGUUGGGGGCGGGGCUGGCGGCGGAGGGCGGCUGGCUAUGCUCGGGCACUACCCGGCGAGCAUUGCCGGGACGUUGCCGGCGGGGGGCCAGGGCGGUACAUUCUUCGAGCGGUUUGGACGGACGUUGGCGGAGGCGACGCGCGAGGUCGAGACGGGGCUCGGGACGUACUCGGUCCGGCAGGCGCUGCGUGAGUCUGCGGCGAGCAGCGCACAAGAUCUCUUGGCGCGCCCGGGAGUAGCGGCCGCUACCAGCGAUGAGAACGCAUUACGGAAGAUGUCUGUGUCCUCGGAGACUGUCGAGUCUGUGAGUGAGAGCAUGUCGAUGCACAACGAGAGCAAUCCAUCGCACAACAUCUGGAACGUAGCCAACGCACCGGUGUUUCGGCCCAACCACGGAGACUCGGGCGGUGACCCCUAUUCCUCGGUCUACGGUGGCUUUCCGUACGGUAUGUUUGGGCAGUAUCCCAGUGGGACAGGCCUAGGUGGUGGUGGGGCCUUUGCUGCUGGCGGCACGGUUGCCAAAGGCGAGGAAGCCUCCCGAGAAGAACCACAGGGAGACGCAGCCACGGCAACGAACGGCCAGUUUGCUUUUCCUGCUGGUGCACCCUUUCUGUACUUUCCAGUCGGUUCCAAUGGCGGAUCUGGGGCGGCGAUUCCGGCGGUGCUGCCUCCCCAGCCAUCACGCCAUUCACCUUCUGAGUCCCAGAAGGGGAAAUCAAAAGGGAAUCCAUACCUGCAGCAGCACCCGAGAGGCUACAAGGCUCCAGGAAUGCCAUUGCAGAACUCCAACUCGAAGGCCGCCCCACAGACCUCGAUUUCAGGCAAGGGUCAUCAUGGCCACCACUACUCAUCUUCCAAACAAUCUUCGACCCAGAACCAGCAUCAGGCAAACCAACAACAGAGCCAGUAUCAACAUCAGUCUUCUUCCGGGGCCACCAAGAGAAAUGGUAAAAACCAGCAGCCCAUAAUGCGGUCUCCGCUUUUGGAAGAGUUUCGCACAAACCCUACCAACAAGACAUACAAGCUACAUGAAAUAUAUGGCUCUGCGUUAGAAUUUUGUAAGGACCAACAUGGCUCCAGGUUCAUUCAACAAGAGCUAGCGACUGCAUCUAAUAUUGAGAAGGAGGUAAUAUUCAACGAGAUACGCGACCAUGCCAUUCAAUUAUCGCACGAUGUUUUUGGGAACUAUGUCAUCCAGAAGUUUUUCGAAUUUGGGACCAAGACGCAGAAAGAUAUACUAGUUGAGCAGUUUAGGGGCAAACUGGAGGCAUUGUCGUUGGAAAUGUAUGCUUGUCGCGUCAUACAGAGGGCUUUUGAGUUCAUAGAUGAGGAUCAGAAGAUUGACCUUGUGAUGGAGCUAUCUUCUAGCGUGCUUACCAUGAUAAAAGAUCAAAAUGGCAAUCAUGUGAUACAAAAAACAAUCGAAUGCAUCCCCAUGUCGAAACUGCCGUUCAUCUUAGAAAGUUUGCGCGGUCAGAUAUACCAUUUGUCAACUCACUUCUAUGGAUGCCGUGUUGUCCAGCGGCUUUUGGAGUACGGUAGUAAGGCGGAUCAGGAGGAGAUUUUAAACGAACUUGAUCAAUUUAUUCCAUAUUUGGUUCAAGAUCAGUACGGCAACUAUGUCAUCCAACAUAUUCUUCAGCAUGGUGGUGACAAUCCUGCGGAAAACCAUAUCGAUAAGUCGAAGCAAGAUAUUGUCGACACUAUCAGCAAAACCGUAGUUGAGUUCUCGAAGCAUAAGUUUGCUUCCAAUGUAGUGGAGAAGACGAUAUUGUAUGGUAGCGCGUCGCAGAAAAGGCAAGUUUUGGAUAAAAUAUUGCCGAAAGAUGAAGAGCACGCGGCGACGUUGGAGGAUACCUCUCCAUUAAUAUUGAUGAUGCGUGACCAGUAUGCUAAUUAUGUUGUACAAAAGCUUGUUGGUGUUGGUACAGGUAAUGAUAAGAAGCUCAUUGUCAUCGCUAUCAGAUCUUAUUUGGAGAGGCUGAACAAGAAUAACACGCUAGGGAACCGACAUUUGGCAAGCGUUGAAAAAUUGGCUGCAUUAGUGGAAAAGGUUAAGCUAUAA